GCCUGCGGCCUCUGAUAAAGGAAUUUAUACUUAAUCGAAGCAAAUUUCCUAUAAGUAUUGGCGGAAGGGUUUCUAUAGGGGUAACUACCGAAGCUUAGAGGGCAAUAAGACAAGUCAUGACCUGGAUGACUCGUUCUUUGCCGUGGGCAGCGAGGUGUGGGUGCUUAAUAGAGAUGGAAGAUUUUGUAGGAGUGGGCAACUUAGUAAGCCACGUAUAUAAUCCGACGUAUUCGUAUGAUUAUGUGAACAAUAUUUUCCCUCGGUAGUUUGGAAAUAUCUUUGUAUCACUUAGAACCUUUGUGGAUAAUAUCGGCCUUGACAACACUAAAUUGUUAUACUCACAUUCAUUUGUGUAAUAACCGCAUUCCUGUGUCUGUGGUGAAGUGAUUAGUGUUCAUGUUCAAGUCCAUCUUUCCGAACAAAUAUGUCAAAACAGGAGCCAUCCAAAUUUUACUACACUGAAUUUUCUAUUUAAUCAGUCGUAUGUCCAGAAAAAUAGCUUCAAAUUUGAUCAUAAUCCCAAAGACACCGUUUCAGAUAUUCGCCCAUAACGCAGCGCAUCUAUCAUCCAUUCAUCAUGUCUUCUCCGAAUCUUCUCAUCACCGGUGUAACCGGUUUUAUCGGCUUUAAGGUACUUCUAGACUCCCUCACGGCAGGUUAUACCGUUCGAGCCGCUGUUCGCUCCAUUUCCCAAUCUCAAUGGAUUCCCUCUCACCCAAGAAUCACUGCGUUAGGUGUCCCAGAUAAGCUAUCGUUUGUCGAAGUGCCCGAUAUUAUACGUGAAGGCGCUUACGAUCAAGCUGUCAAAGAUAUCACCUACAUCAUUCAUCUUGCUUCACCUCUCCCUUCUCCAGGCUUAGACCCCCAAACCGGCGUUUAUGAACCCAAUGUCAAAAGCGCUACAUCUAUACUUCAUUCUGCAAUCAAGGAACCCUCGAUUAAGAAGGUCGUCAUUACGUUUUCGGUAUUCUCCAAUAUACUCUUCCCGCCCGACGGAAAGGAGAUCACCGAAAAGUCUAGACUCCCUGAUGUACCAGGCCCCUUCGAUUCAACAAUCACAGCGUACAGUGCAGGCAAGAUUGGGGCUCUGAAUGCAGCCGAAAAGUUUAUCAAAGACAAUAAUCCAAAAUUCGCGGUCGUCAAAGUCAUGCCCGGCCUUGCUCUGGGUUAUGAUGAGAGAGCGACGGCCUUAGAGGGCAUUAGCGCUGGAACCAAUAGAAUGUUAUUGGGAAUCAUCACAGGCAAAACCAGUCCUGCGCCAUUCCCCGCUGGGGUUGGUGAUGUAGCUGAUGUUGCCAAGGUCCAUCUGCUAGCGUUGGGGGAUGGCGUCGUGGGGAGCUUCGGAGUAACGAAAAGGAAUACCUUCGACGAAGCUUGGGAAAUCGUCAAAAGACAUUUCCCUAAGGCCAUCGCGGAUGGCAUAUUUACCCAAGGUAGCCAACCAACAAUUCCAGUUGAUUGGAAUGCUCAUCAGACUGAAGUUCGUUUUGGAUUCGAUUUCAAAACGUACGAAGAUGCUGUUGUCGAAGUUGCUAACCAGUACCUUCAACUCUCCGGCAAAAAGGGGGCAUAAGUGAACCACGUAGUUACUCCAGCGUGUGUAUUGUGGACUUGGGAGCAACGACUUAUCAUUCCCAAUCGUUCAAUAAAACAAAUUCGAGCAACUAAUCUAAUUGAAGUUAAUUCAAGC